AUGGCCUUCAACGCUUUCGAUGCCGACGCCUCUGACUUGAACAUCUUUGGCAACACUAACACUUUCGAUGUUAACACAUUUAGCAAUGCCGACGCGCUGGAACUUAACACCGUUGACAACGCCGAUGCAGACCGCUACUUUCGGUUCCUCUUGUCGGAUGUCGCAUCGGCCGAUUUCGGACAGCAGUUGGAGGACUCCAACUAUGAUGAUUCGGUCGUCCAUGGUAUUCAAAUUCCGCCUCUCCCACUAGCCAACUUCGUGCAACAGCCAGAAGAUCACAAUGGUGCAGCACCGUAUGGUCUUCAAACCCUAUCUACUCCAACGAUACCCUCGUUCGUACCUUAUGCGAAUCAGCACUUUUCCCCGCCUCCGGUAGAGAGCCUCCUCAGAAAUGACGCACACUGGGGGCCGCUAUCAAGUUUCGAUCCGUCUCCCGCCUUCGGUAUCCCAGCGCAACUUAAUGUCUCUCCUGUGAUCGAGGCUGUGCACAAUUCUGUCGACGCAAAUCCGAAUCAAUUCGUACAAAAACCCAUCUCAAACGUCUGGAAAGUACAAGUAGCGCCGACAGUAGACGAUGCACCCAACGUAGAGAAGCUGACAGGAUGGUCCAUGAUUUUCGUUCAAGAAGGCACGGGAAACUUGAGUUCCAUGUUUGUGCCCUCGUCCCCGUCCCCGUGCUCCUCCCCUUCCUCACCAUUGGCGUACAUUUUUGACUGUUUACCGUCCCCUGAUUCUCCCCCCGAUUCACCUGAUUCUUGCCCCGAUUCCUCCUAUUCUUCCGACACCUCUUCUACCUCGUCGUCAAGCUCGAUCGACGUCACCGCGAGCGAUGGGGACCAGUCGAACUUGAAAGCUCUAUUUCCUUACCUCAAUGAGAGCGAAGGGAAACUCAUGAGGAAAAUAAGACGCUUCUCUCGCCCAAGGAGCGUGACGUCGCGAUAUGGGCUCAUCCCAGAGUAUGGAUAA